CAGGAAGGAUCUGUAUCUCUGUUAGUUUCUGAACUUCUAUAUAUUUGUCUAUGAGGUCUUACAUCAUAACAUUCGUAAUAUCCUUUUCUCCAACAUCUUAUGGGACAAGUUUAAAGGAUACGGGAAGACAUCCUCUUCAAGCAAAAGGAACUCUGGACUACUCUGCAAUGGUUAAUGAUGGUCCAUCAAAUCCUCUUUGGGAACAGCAUGGAGGUUGUCAUUUUGGACUAUUGAUAAGGACAUGGGACUCACUUUGUCAUUGAUCUAUCGUGUUGAUUUCAACAGUGAACAGCAUCAGAUAGAAAGCAUCAAAACACCAACGCAGAAUCCGUGCACGGAAGGUCACGGCAUCUUCUACUUGUGUAAUUCUUUAUUGUGAGAAUGUCUGAAAAAGACGCAGUGAGCCAAGAGACUGCAGAGGAAGUUGGGACUGAGCAAGAUGUUGAGAUUUGUCCACCCUCUCCAGAGACGUGCAUCAUUAGAACUGCAAGCUCAGAGGUAGAGGAGAAAGAGAUGGAAAAAGAUGAUAAAGCAAAUGACACAAAGGCUGACCAUCAGAAACGCACAGGAAACCAAGGGCAGCAGAGGAAAAGAGCAAAGUCAGGAGCCAAAGGUAAACUGGUGAGGAGUCUUGCCGUUUGUGAAGAGUCUAACCUGCCUCUACCAACAGAACCCACUCCAGAGGAUCAGGAUACAAUUCAGCUGCAGCUUACCAGUUCUCCAAGUUUUCAAGAUGAUGAUAAAACUAAUAAAGAGGAAUUGGAGAAAGAAAAGGACAAGGAUAAAAACAGAGAGAAAGAAAAAACUAGUGAAAAACCUAAAAUAAGAAUGUUGUCAAAAGAUUGCAGUCAAGAGUAUACAGAUUCCACAGGGAUAGAUUUGCAUGAAUUUCUUAUUAAUACAUUAAAGAAUAAUCCCAGGGACAGAAUGAUGCUUUUAAAAAUGGAGCAGGAACUAAUAGAUUUUAUCAACGAUAACAACAACCACUAUAAGAAAUUCCCUCCAAUGUCAUCGUAUCAUCGGAUGUUGGUGCACAGAGUAGCAGCUUAUUUUGGAAUGGAUCACAAUGUAGAUCAAACUGGAAAAUCAGUCAUAAUCAACAAAACUAGCAAUACUAGAAUACCAGAGCAAAGGUUCUGCGAGCACAUUAAAGAUGAGAAAAAUGAUGAGUCCCAGAAAAGAUUUAUUUUAAAAAGAGAUAAUUCUAGUAUGGAUAAAGACGACAAUCAGUCCACAUGUUCCCAGGACAGCCUAUAUGUGGAAAACAGUUACAUUUUGGAGGAUAUCAGUGCUUUCAAUGACACACAGAAGAAGAGGCAGCUAUUUAGGAGUAAUAGAGAUGGAACAGGAAAGACAUCAAGUAGUCGGCAGAGCAGUACAGAGUUGGAUGUGAAGUGGACAGAUCAGCGACCGUGGAGCAGUACUGAUUCAGACAGCUCAAAUCGAAAUUUGAAACCCCCUGUGACGAAGACAGCAAGUAUUGGUGGCAUAACUGUCUUAACACGUGGUGACAGUACAAACAGUAACAGGAGUACAGGCAAACUCUCUAAAACAGGUUCCGAGUCUUCCAGUAGUGCAGGCUCCUCAGGUUCAUUGUCACGGAACCAUCAGCCACUACAGAGUGCAACUGUUGUCCCAGCACCAGUCAGCUCUACAGGAUCAGUCUCCUACCCAGAUGGUGGAAUGGGUGGACAGGUGACACCUAACAACACCAGCUACAUUUUGCUUCCUUUGGAAGCGACAGGUAUACCACCUGGCAGUAUUCUGUUAAACCCACAUACAGGUCAACCCUUUGUGAAUCCCGAUGGCACACCUGCCAUUUACAACCCUCCUGGUGGCCCACAAUCGCUAAGAACUCAGCUUCCUGGGCAGGCUCAGCAGCAGUCUGCAUCACAGCCACAGCCACAACAGCAGCAGCAGCAGCAACAGCAGCAGCAGCUACCCAGUCAUCUGGUGCCACAGGCUAUGCAGCCUUCUUCCCAGUCUGUCCAGUAUCCAACGGUUUCUUACCCUCCUCAGCAUCUCCUGCCAGUUUCACCGACGCAGCAGUUUCCUGUGCGUGAAGACCUGGCUUCCCAGUUUAACCAGAUAAGUUUAAGUCGACAAUCGUCAGGAGAUGCGCCUGAGCAGCCAUCCGGUUCUGUUUAUCCGACGCCAAUCUUGCCUCAGCCACCCCAACAAACUAGCUACGUCAUGGCAUCACCAAGUCAACAGCUUCCCCCUGGAGGUUUCACAGGAUCCGGACAGCCCAUAUCUCAGCAAGUGCUACAGCCACCACAAGGAUAUGUACAACAGCCACCUGCACAGUUGCCAGUGUAUUACUAUCCAACUGGCCAGUACCCUACCUCAACAGCCCAACAGUUCAGACCUGUUGCUUCUGUUCAAUACAAUGCACAGCGAAGUCAGCAUAUACCCCAGACCACACAACAGACAGGUUUCCAAGCUGUGUUGCCAAAUCAGCAGCAAGGGUUCCAAGGUCUGAUGGGAGUGCAACAAUCACCACAGAGUCAGAACUUGUUGAACAACCAGCAGGGAAAUCAGGUGCCAGGGGUGAUGGUCCAAUAUCCAGCCAUGUCUUCUUACCAAGUGCCAAUGACCCAGGGUUCUCAAGGGAUGUCUCAACAAUCUUAUCCACAAGCUAUCAUGCUACCCAACCAGUCAGGUCAAGGAACUCUUCCAGCCACUGGAAUGCCUGUCUAUUGUAAUGUUAUACCUCCUUCUCCACAAAACAACUUAAGGUUGGUAGCACCUCACUGCCCGACCAAUAAUGUACCAGUGAUCCCUGCUAACUGCAGAACAAACUGUACUAGUAUUAGCAGCACUGGAUGGCAGGUCAAAUAUUGACACUGGCUCUGUGUGAAUAAAAUAAUUUCAAAAUGCAUUUUUGGACAUAGUAACUAUGGCCUUCACACAAAAAUGGAACAUCAGUUGAGGAAAUAGAGUGUUAUGUUCUCAGUCGAUCACUGCUGGUAUUUAAAAAAAAACAAUUCUAAAAAUGUUUUUGCUGGUUUCUGGUGCAUUUUAGUCAUGUCCCUGCUAGGUAUGCCUUUGUAGCUUAGCUGAAUGACAUGGAUUAUCUGAGGUAAGACCUCUCCCUACCACUGAGCACCACUGUGGAGAUUGUAAUACCCCAAUACUGGUUAGUUUUGUACUUUGUGUUGAGUUUGUGAAGCUGA